AUGUCCAAGUCUUACUUUAUCUCUGGCGGAAACCGUGGCAUUGGAUUUGCCCUUGUCAAAAUGCUUAGCUCCGAUGCUUCAAACACCGUGGUUGCCGGUGUUCGUAACGUGGAGGGAGCCACUGAACUUCAAGAAUGGGCUAAUUCGCAUACAAACGUGAAAAUCGUGUCUUUGGACGUUUCUGUCGCGGAGAGCCACGAAGAGGCAGCCAAAGAGACCGCUCGUAUUUUGCCAGACGGGCUUGAUGUAUUGAUUGCCAAUGCUGGCAUUGGCAAGGCCUCAGAGCCUAUUUUAGAUAUUUCUGACGACUCGUACUACGAACAUUUCACUGUCAAUACACUAGGACCUAUUAGACUUCUUCGCGCUUUCAAGUCUCUGCUUGACAAAAAAUCCACAAAACAUUUCGCGGUCGUGUCAUCUGUCGCAGGUUCUCUAGUCAGGAAUAUUGACUUCCCCAUCUCCACUUCUUCUUACGGCUUAUCGAAAGCUGGUAUCAACUUUGCGAUUAUCAAUUUGAACCGGGAGCUAGGCCCACAAGGCUACAAAGUCGUGGCUAUCCACCCUGGUCUUGUCAGCAGCGAUAUGGGUAUCAAGGGCAUCAAUAAUAAGAACUUCAAGGGUUUGAUAAAGGACAUUGUCGAGAAGUUUCCACCCAUCACGCCCGAAGAGUCAGCAGAGGACAUCAAGAAGAAUAUUUUGGAAAAACUGCCUGAGCUAGCAGGUAAAUUUAUUUCCCACGACGGAUCUGAAGUCCCAUGGUGA